AUGCCCCAACAAGAAUCCAAGCCCAUAGACGCCCCUGUCAAUCAGGAAGCUCUGAACGAUGCCGUCGACCACCUCAAGCUCGCCGAGGAUCAGUCCAAACGAGACGCCGUAAAAGACGCCGCAGAGUCGAGUGGAGACGACAACGACAACGACAACAACGACUCGACACAGGCCCCCGCCAAAAAGUCCAAGAAGAACAAGAUCAAGGACGCCGUCUCUGCCAUUGCCUCGUCCUCCAAGUCUCCCGCCGCUCCCACCUCUGUCGAGGACCCACUGCCCGCCUCGACCAUUGACAAGCUGUCCGACUCGCAGAUCACUUCUCUGGUACAAAGCAACCCUGCCCUGGCCCAGGCCAUGCUCAAGGGCGGCUCUUCGCUCGACGCCCGCAGUAUGCGCGAGCUCCUCAAGUCUCUCAGCGCCGCCGACCUCAUGACGGGCAUGAGCUCGGGAAAGAACGCAAAAGAUAUGGCAAACUACAGGUUCUGGUCCACUCAGCCCGUCCCUCGCUUUGAUGAGAAGGCUGCUGCCACACAGAAGCCUGUUAUCGAGGGUCCUAUCAAGGAAGUUGACCCUGCAAAGGUCUCUACAACGCCCUCUCCUCUGGUCGCUGGUUUUGAGUGGUCCGAGAUUGACCUGCUGGACGAGGCCGAGCUAAAGGAAGUCCAAGAGCUUCUCUGCAACCACUACGUCGAAGACGACGAAGCCAUGUUCCGCUUCAACUACCUCAACGAAACACUCAACUGGGCCCUCAAAGCCCCCGGCUGGCGCAAAUCAUGGCACGUCGGUGUCCGCGCAACAAAGUCCCGCAAACUCGUCGCCUUCAUCUCUGGUGUCCCCGUCCGCCUCAACGUCCGCGACCGCCUCGUCAACACUGCAGAGAUCAACUUCCUCUGCGUCCACAAGAAACUCCGCAGCAAGCGUCUCGCUCCCGUCCUCAUCAUGGAAAUCACCCGCCGCUGCAACCUCGAGGGCAUCUACCAGGCCAUAUACACCGCUGGCGUGGUCUUGCCCAAGCCAGUAGCCAGUUGUCGCUACUUCCACCGCGUCCUCGACUGGGAGAAACUCUACAGUGUAGGUUUCAGCCAUCUGCCUCAUGGCAGCACGAAAAUGCGCCAGAUUUCAAAAUACCGUCUGCCCGAACGCAGCGUGACUCCCGGACUACGCUUGAUGAAAGCCGAAGACGCGGACCAAGUCUGUGAUUUGCUUUCUCGCUACAUGAAGCGCACCAAGAUGGCCCAAGAAUUCAACAAGGAAGAAGUUUUGCACUGGUUCGUUGACAAAGAAGUCGAUCCCAAGAGCAAAACACGCGUUGUGUGGACCUACGUCGUCGAAGAUCCAAACACAGCUGGAAAAAUCACGGAUUUCUUUAGUUUCUACAGCUUGGAGAGUUCGGUCAUUCAAUCUGCUACUACUAUCCGUGCUGCAUACCUAUUUUACUAUGCCACCGAAGCUGCGUUCGAGACGCAGAAUGCGGAUGAUGAGGUUCUGAAGGCGAGGUUGAAUUUGUUGGUCAAGGAUGCUUUGAUCCUUGCCAAGCAGGCCAAAUUCGACGUCUUCAAUGCCCUAACCCUCCUCGACAACCCUCUCUUCCUCGUCGACCAGAAAUUCGGCCCUGGAGAUGGACAGUUGCACUACUACCUCUUCAACUACCGCACUGCAGAUAUACCCUCUGGCGUUGACGCUAGGAACCAAGUUGAUGCCACACAACGUGGUGGUGUGGGUGUUGUCAUGUUGUAG